AACUUGUUCACUAAUUGUUGUAAUUAAUAUUUUAUAUACAUUUCUAAUAUAUAAUGGAUCAGGAUGAUGAAAAAAUGUUGCACAAUAUACUGGAAAAAUCUCACAAAAUUGUCAAGAAAAAAUCUAAAAAUAAGUCAAGUUUUUCCCUGGGAAUAGAAAUUAAUCCUUCCAAUAAUUCAACUGUUAUUAAAUCAUUUAGUGGAUCAAACCCUAUGAAGAAAAAGAAAGAAAGUAAUUUUGUCAAUGUGUUGACUCGUCAAAGUAAUUCUCAGGGUUCUCGUAAUAUGAAUAGCACUCAUAAUAUCAAUGAAUUUUGUGAUAGAAAUUUAGGAAUUAAUGAGCCAAUUCAAAAUCAAGAUGAAGUGAAUAAAGUUUCAUUUGAGCCCAUUGCUAAGCCAGUAAAUGAAAAAGUUAAUCAGAACAGCCAAGAAAAUAUUUCUGUUGAAACUGCCCCUGCUGUCCUCAUGCCAGCAGAUGAUUUGAAUGAGACUGAAGAAGAAUUUGGACCAAAAAACACGCAAGGAAAAUUUACAGGUGUUGUCCCAGGCCCAUAUGUUGUUUGCACUCUUGGUCCUUAUUUUGUUUGCAAAUUUUCAAAGGCUCGAAAAUCUUCAGAGUUCUGCAGUCUUGAAGACUAUGUCUACAAACCAAAAUUAAAAUUCACAGAAGCUGAAUGGAAAAGAGCCAAAGCCUUGCCAAAUUUUCAAGAAAGCCUUCAAAGUAACAACGAAUUUACUCCUGAGGACAUUGAAAAUGAAUUGAAUGAAAAAAUAGAUAAAAUUGCUAAACAUUUUAUGCAUUUUAAACAAGGCACUCUUGAUGAAAAGUCUAUGAAAGAAAAGAAGAUAAAUGAGGUUGACUACAGUGAACCUUACCUGCCAACCUACAAGGAGCUUGAGUUUCUUGAAAAAUUAUUCAUGGACAAGGAAACUGAUGCUGAGGAAGACACUACAUUUGAAAGCCUGAAGAAUAAGAAGGCUAAAUCAGACAGCACAUUUAAUAAAGGACCAUUGACUGAAAUAGAGCAACAACGUAUUAAUGAAAAUUGGAAUCAGUUUCAAAAGGAGCAUAAAUUUUAUGACUUGCGCCCCCUGAUAAACUACCGCACCUGCAUUUUUGAAGGCAGUCCUGACUCAUUUGUAGUAGAGAAGGCUUACUUCACCUCAGUACCUCAACAAAAAAAGUUUCUAAAAUACAUAAGGAAAGGAUUAAACAGAAGUCUGCUGCAGAUGAAGUGGCAUCUUUAUACAUCAGUAUUAUAUCAAAACACCUUGACAAAAAGAGAGAUGUGCCUUAUUGACCUGUUUCUGAAGCGCUAUGGGGUGGACCUUGUUUCUAUGGAGUUCAUACUGGGUUCCUUGAAUUCAAGGCAGCUCUCCCGUCACCUUGUGUCAAACUAUCGCUUCACGCUCUGUCCAAUUGCUGAUGGACCAUGGACAGAAGAAGAGGUGUUACGUCUCAUCAAAGGAGUGGUGUACACCUGGAACAAAAUGCCAACUCAAAAUGCCUCCUCUUCCCUCACGAACAUUAACUGGAAGAAAGUAUUCCUUUUUGUUAGAACGCGCACGCCUAGGGCCUGCAGCACAGCGUUUUACGCAUUUGUCAAGGACGCUUUGCAUAUGCAUCACUACAAGCUGAAGCAUCCAGAUGCUGAGGAUCUCCCAAAGUGGACAUCUAAUCACGAAUUGAUGCUCAUUAAAGAGAUGAUCAGAUCCCCUGCCACGACGCUGUCGGUGAUGGACUUCAGGUCAAUGAUGGCCCUACCGGAGUUUGAAGGCUUCAGUGACAGCUACCUGCGGCGCAUGGCGCGUGAUGCUAUUGCUGCCUGGGUGCCUCUGCCGCAGCGGCGCAACCUCGACGACACGCUGGACUACCUCGCUACUCACGUCUUGCCAGAACUUGAGCGCAAGAGUGACAAAUGGACCAGAGUGAUGAAUCGGAUAUACCUCGACCGAAUUGUCAACAUUGCGAACUCCAUACCCAAGUAUCUCGACGAACACAUCAAGCGGGUGUUCGCUACUAUGCCGCUGCACCAGCUGGACAAUACCGAAGAGCCCGACAUCGAGGACCCUAACCUGCUGGAUGGGCUGGAUGACGACCUCGAGGUCAAGAAAGACGACUGCGAUAUGUUAGGUGAUGAUGACGAGUUGCAGAAAGAUGAUGGCGAGUUGUAUGAAGACGAUGGCUCUGACAUGUCCGUCUGUGACUUCAAUUUGGACGAAAGCGAUUGUCUUUAGGAACAGGGGUUCAUGAGUUGUACGAUGACAAUGUUUUACGUCGUCCUACGACCGUCAGGUUGAUGAUGAUAUCAAGUUUGAAGACAAUGACCUUGAGUAGCAUUAGUGUGAUGGCGAUUCGAACGGUGAUGCAUUUGAUGACUCUCAAGAACAAUGACCAUCACGACUCACGAUAACGGUUGAAGAACCUAAAUCCCUCGUAAUAAAAGCAUGAUAACCUCCAUCUCCAAAAUCAGAGACUUAACUGUCUGUCUUAAGCUUAAGUGCCUGGUUUGUCUUACAAGAAAUUCAGUCCCAAUUGUUCUCAAACGAUGCUCAAGUUGGUGAGUAGCAAGCUAAAUUCUAUCAUGUUCUAUUAUUAAUUCUGCAAACAUGUCCCUUGUGUAUUAAUGCCUUCCAUAGGAAAAUGCAUUUAUUGCAAAAAUUCUUGGUUGUUGAGUAUUUUUUUCAUGUACUUCUGGUCUUUUUAGCGCAUUUUCUCAUUUAUGGAAUUUAUCUCAUGGCACAUUUUCUCUCGCCAUGUCCGUCUGUCUGUCUGUCUGUCUGUCUGUCCGUGACCUCAAG